CUAUUGCACAUCGAACUUGCCCAUUUUCCAGACUUUUCCCAGAUUGAUACACGAUUAUCAACUGCCCCUAGCCGGAAUUGAAACGAUCUGUGCUAGUGGUUUUUUUUCUUCCUUGUGCAGGCGUCAUACAAAAACGCUGAUUGCAUCAAUUUCCCUGCCGACAUUGUUCAAGACGAAGGCCUGCUGGGUUGGAUAGACGAAAAAAGAACACAGCCAGCCAUCAGCGGCGGAAGGUUUGUGGCGCGCAGUUCUGUACAACUUGACAGCGAGACAUGUUUGAGAUACCAGAAGCCAAGAGAGUUCGGAGGGACGAACUCUUCGACAACACCGGAUCGGAAUCCGAGGAUGAUGUCCGCGACGAGGCUGCCGCGGCAGUAGCCCGGGCAAAGUUGCAAGAGCAGCUAUCAUCACUGAUCACAUUUGAUGCCCCAGCCGCGCCGGAGCAGGAGGGGCCGGCCGACGAGGCAGGACCUGCGGCGGCAGAGGAGGUAUUCGAGUUCAAGCUGUUUGCGACGUCCAAGGGCGGCGCCGCAACCGCAAGUAGGGUGGUGCUAGCGGCCCAGGAGGACCCAGCGGCGGCCGACGAGGCCGGGGACGCGGGCGGAUUUGUGGUGGCCCGCCGGCCGCAGAGCUACUACGUCGCGGGCCCGCCGACAGCCGAGCAGCAGGCGCAGUUCGAGGCCGUGGCGGUCACGGGGGAGCAGAUCCUAGCCGCGGCGGGGCAGCGGUGCUGGGGGUGGGAGGUUCCGUGGAGGGUGACCAAGAUUGUCGUCUCUUCGUCAAAAGCUGCGGCUGCUGCUACUGCAGCUAAGAAGGACAAGUCUGGUGACAGUGCGAAGAAGGCACCUGGUGGGGAUGCGAGCAAAAAGAAGAGACGCCCGGGGAAGAGAAAGAGGAUAGCAAUUCGGAUAAAAACGAAAAAGGAAAAGGAGAAUGACAGGGAGAAACAGACCAAGGAGGAGCACCUCAAGGCCAAAAAGAAGCGCCUCAACCGGGAGAGGCAGCUCAAGAGGAGACAAAAGGAGAGGGAAAAGAAACAGGCCAUGCGGACGGAUGGUGAUGGUGAUGCUUCGGUGCAGGGUGCAGGCGAGGCUGCACCUUUGUCUGCCGAUACAAUGUCAGAGUGAUUAUGGGUAAUACGUUGAUCAAUUUGACUAUUAUAAAACCCAAAAAUGGCCUCAAAACCUCUCCACGGCCUCAGUAAUAGUUGUUUUGAGCUCUACACCCAUGCAUGCGCCUAUGUGUGUCUGCCUGACUUGUGCCACGAAAGGAUAUCCGCGCCACACCCCAC